GUCUUUGAACACUCUGAACUGGAUGUGCUGACAAGCAUCAUGCUCUGCUUCGUCCUCCUGGUUUAUUUUUUGUCAAGUGCAAAAUGCUCAGAUGUGCUGAGCCGUCACAGAAGGUCUUGGAUCAUUGACACCUUCACAAUCGAGGAGGAGCAUCCAGGGCCCUUCCCAUAUGUGCUGGGCAAGAUAAAUAUCGAGCGGGAAUAUCGAGUAUACUUUGACCUUUUUGGGGAAGGAGUUGAUGAGGAGCCAAAGGGAGUCCUUUCCAUUCAUAAAGAAUCUGGCACUGUGUAUGUCCACAAGCCUGUGGACUAUGAGGAGAAGACAGUGCUUAAGCUGAAAUUUGAGGCCAGAAAGACAGAUUCAUCAAUUGACACUAAAUUAGGAGUUGAGAUUUCCAUACGGGACAUCAACGACAACCCACCACGCUUUGAGAGGGAUCUGUACGAAAUCAGCAUUGCUGAGGAAGAUGCACAAGGAUCCCAUGUCCUGACAGUUGUCGCCUAUGACAGAGACCAGAGAGGGACACCAAACUCAACGUUCCACUAUGAAAUCAAAUCUGUCACUCCAAACCUUCCAAACACCGAAUUUUUCAUUGAUGAGUCUGGAGGAACAAUCUCAUUCAAAGGAUGUUUGGAUCAUGAGGUGGCUGAAAUGUUUACAGUGUUGGUGGAAGCCAAGGACCAUGGUGAAGUAGUCAGUCUAUCCAGUUCAACUACGGUUGUCAUUCAUGUCAAAGACGGCAACAACCACCUCCCAACCAUCAGUGGACAAACAGGUUCUGGCAAAGUGAAAGAAGAUGAGGCCGGGACCUCUCCUCUGCGGCUGCAUGUGACAGAUAAGGACACCCCGAAUAGCCUGGCAUGGAGAGUCAAGUACACCAUACAGGGUGACGACGGAGAGCACUUUACGAUAGAAACAGACGCAGACACCAAUGAUGGAAUCCUGAAAGUAGCUAAACCUUUAGACUAUGAGGAAGGAGCACAGAGGGAGCUCUCCAUCUCAGUGGAAAAUGAGACGCCAUAUUUCUCCUGUAAAGUGAAAGAGCGGACGUCCUCUGGCCUUUGGAAAGUUGACACCAGUACAGAUGAUGAUCCUGGUGCAGGUCGGCCUCACUCUGUACAAGUCCUCAUUGAGGUUGAGGAUACCAACGACCCCCCAGUGUUUAGUGUGACUGUCAAAGAGGCUAUGCUGGAGGAGAACGCACCCAUUGGAACCUGGGUAGAGAAAGUGAUUGCUAGUGAUCCCGACUCCAGUCACGCCAGUGACUUUGUGUACAAGGUAGGAAAUGAUCCUGCUGGCUGGGUGACGUUGGAUCCCCACACAGGAGACAUCACAACCGUCAAGGCACCCGACAGAGAAUCUCCUUAUGUUGUUAACGGUGUCUACACCAUCUUACUGCAUGCAGUGGAUGAUGGUAAUCCACCUUUGACAGGUACAGCCACACUGAACAUCCAUGUGACCGACCAGAACGACAAUGUGCCUCAGCUCACAGUGGACAAUGUGGAUGUGUGUGUGUCUGACGGCCCCACCACCACCAACAUCACAGCCUUUGACCUGGAUGGAAAUCCCUUUGGAGGGCCGUUCUCAUUUCAACUGCUGGGAGAUGUCGAAGGAAAAUGGAAACUGAGUCCCUCAUAUGGGUACACAGCUGGUCUGGUGAAGGAGCCUGAUGUGUAUUCUGGACCACACACAAUUAAACUGAGGAUCUCUGACAUGCAGGGGGAAUUUGGCAUUUACAACAUCAGUGUGACCGUGUGUGACUGCUCUGUGACGUCCAACUGCCGAAGCCGCAGAGACACUGCCACAAAAGCUGCCUUUGGUGCUAUCGGCAUAGCGUUCGCCUCACUGUUUUUACUCCUGUUUCUGAUGCUGAUGGCAGUUGUCAUCACCUGCAAAAAAGAGUUCACCACUUUGUCGAUCGCUGACUCCUCUGGACAAACCCUCCUUGCAUCAAACAUUGAGAAAUCAGGAACAGACUGCAAGCUACCCGACAGUUUCCUGGCAAUGUCACCUGAUAAGAGGCACCGUGACCCAUCUGACUGGCAAAGUCAGCAUGAUGGAAUGCAACACAGACAGGUUUCAACCAAGUCUCUUCAACAGGUUAUGGAUGAAAACUUUAGCCACAAAAACUUUGGAGAUUACAGAAGAGAAAAUAUGUCCUACCUAUUCUGUGACUGGAACAAGACAAUUUGGAAAUCUCUAAUUGCCAAUGACUCCUAUGACGGCCAUCAGGACACGAGCACAGGAAAUGUCCUCUACAAAGGGAACUCAAGCUAUGAGUUAGACGCAUCUGUCCGAGCCCUGCUUCAUUGGAGGCUCUCCUCUCUCCAGGAAACAGAGGAAGAUCUGCAGGGCGAUCAGCCUCACCUCUACGCAGAUGAGGGGGACUCGGACAACCACUCAGAGCUAGAGGACAUCACCAUUCCUGACAAUAAUUCGUUCCAGAAAGUGCUGAAAGACUUGGGCCCCAAGUUCAACCGAUUAGCUUCCAUUUGCAAGCCACCACAUUUACAAAACUGAACCUGUCUUUUGUAUAACCAACAUUUUGGCUCUUAACGUCCAGUGUGUAGGAUUUGAUUCCCCCUCCAAGCAAAGAGGAGAAACUAUAGUGGCCACGAUAUGCACAAAAACCAUUAACACCCCUAUCUAGAGCCAGUAUGUAGCCUAGUUUCCCCCCUCUGGGCUACUGUAUAAACAGUGGUUCAACAUGGGGGCCCAAUGGAAGGCGACCAGUUGUGUCUGUAGAUAUGAACGGCUCAUCUAUGAUAACAAAAACUAUUCCUAUACCCAGGUGAUUAAACACUAAUGAAAACAUA